AUGAAAAUUAGUGAGCAGAUCAGAGAUUAAUAACUCUAAUAAUUUGAAAUACUUAAAAAUAUAGAACACAUAAAAUACUUGAAAGGGAUAGGUUAAUAUGGAAAUAAUUAAUAAAAAAUUGGAAUGUGGAAAACUUUUUGGUCAGGUGAAGCUUUAGUUGGUAUAGGAGGAGCAUAUGGAAGAAAAAAAUAAAAACAAAUAUAAAAAUACUAUAUUCAGAAGAUGGAAAAAAGCAAGGAUAAUGGCAUUAACUAUUCUCAAAUUUCUCCAAGUGAACAUAAUUUUGAUUUAAAUAGAUAAUUUUAAGUGUUAGAAAGUGGAGAAUAUUUAAAUGAUUAGAAAAUAAAAUUAUGGAAAUACACUCUUGAAAACGAAGAAAUGUUUAUUAUUUUAGUAUAUAUUAGUGGUGGCGGAUUAUAUGAAAAUUAGUUAAAGCAAGGAUAAUGGAUUGAAUUGUUCAAUAACUUUUCAUUGUAUAGAUGAAAACAAUAUUAUUUAAUAGUCACAGUUAAAUCACUUUAAAUGGUGAAUAUAAUAAUGGUAAAAAAGUGGGCAAAUGGGGUAUCUAUCAUAGAAAAGGAAUUCAUUAACAAUUUUAGUUUAUGUAUAAUACUAUUUGAAUACAAAUCUUUAUAUUUUAGUGGUGGUGGAUCAUAUGAUAAUUAAGAAGGAAGAGAUUCAUUUAAAAUAGGAAAAUGGUUAGAGCUCAGUGAUGGAUUUCAUAGGUAAUGUUUUUGCUUAUCCUAAUUUUUUUAGUGAUAAUCAAGUUAUGUACGAAGGAGAAUAUAAAAAUGGUAUUAAAGUUGGGAAAUGGGAAAUUUAGAUGAUCCAUAAUAAAAAAAAAAUUUAUUUAAAUGUAAGUAUAUUUCCUUUAAAUUAAUCUUUCUGAUUAAGUGGUGAUGGACAAUACGAUGAUAAGCAAUAAGCUGAAAAUCAUCUUGGUAUUAAAUAGGGUAAAUGGUAUGAGCUGAAUGAUUUGCUUCAAAAGUACAUUAAAUUAUUAACAAUUUUUAUUAUUAGUUCGAUUCAAAUCAUUUAUUAUGGUGAAUAUAAGAAUGGCAUAAAAGUUGGUAGAUGGGAAACUUAUUGGGAGGAAAAAAAUAAAAGAUCCUUAAUAUUUAUGUAAAAUUAAUGGAGGGAAUAAAUUAGUAAAUCUUACAAAUUGAUGUAAAUUUAUGAUUUAUAACAACAGUGGUGGCGGGUUAUACGAUGAAAAACUAGAUGGUUAAUUUGUUGGCGGAAUUAAAUAAGGUAGAUGAGUUGAAUUGAGUGAGGGAUUUAGGGGGUAUUUUAAAUUAUUAAUAAUUUUAAUCAGUUCAAGUUAAAUC